GUGGGACUGCAGCGAUCCCUUGAGAAAGUCCAGGGCUUUGUGGAUGUCGGAACUCUCGUGACAGACAGACACAUAGGCAUCAACAUGAUGAUUAGAGAGGACCAUCCAGACAUCACGCACCAGUUUGACAUAUGGCAUGUAGCCAAGAGUGUCAAGAAGAAGCUGCAGAGCCUUGGACAAACUAGAGGUUGCCAGGACCUCAAACCCUGGGUGGGAAGUAUUAUAAACCAUCUGUACUGGUCCGUGGUCUCGACGCCUCCUGGCAGUGGACAACUUGUGGUGGACAAAUGGACAUCAGUCAUCAAUCACAUCCACAACAGGCACACCGGGUUCGAGGGACUGUUCUCUUCUUGUGCGCACGGAGUCCUGGAAGGCAGGGAACAGCGUAAACCGUGGCUGAGUUGUCAUACGAAGGUGUCUAUUGAAGUGGAGAAGAUCAUCCGGAACAAGAGGCUGUGUGCAGAUAUACAACGCCUGUCCCCGUCACACCAGACAUCCUACCUCGAAGCAUUCCAUAGCGUGAUUACCCACUUUGCGCCAAAGAUGUGCCACUUUUCAUACAAAGGGAUGGAGAGCAGAGGGAUCCUGGCUGCUUUGCAUUUCAACGAGAAUGCCAACAGGGAGCAGCGGAGCAGACACGAUGGCGAGAUGAUGUUCAACCUGCGGUAUCCAAAGUAUAAGAAGGGCGGCUACAUUGUGAGGAAAGUCUUACAGGAGCCAUCUUUUGGCUAUGCUGAAGAGCUGAUGCGGAUGGUGGAGGCCAUGUGUCGAGGUGAGGACUACAACGGUGAUGACUUUGACAUCCCAGACCCGUCCCCUGUUACAGAGCCACUCAAUGCAUCAUUCGAAAAGCCGGAUAAGAGGGCAGCAGUCAAUGCACAUAUGACCCGCUUUAGCAUUACAAAUAACACCUAAAUGUACACAUGAGAACCGGACUGAAUGGAAUAAACACAAACUUAAUUUCA